AUGGCGACAGUGGCCGGCUGGACGCGCGAGGUCUGCCCGACGUGCAAGAAGAGCAGCAAGUUCUACUGCGCGACGUGCUUUCUCAGCCUUGGCGCGCCGUCCGAUGUCCACGUUCCGCGCAUCAAGCUCCCGGUCACCAUCGACGUCAUCUUCCACGACAAGAUCAAGAAGAGCACGGCGCCGCAGGGCAAGGUCGUCGCGCCCGAGGACAUCCACAUCAUCCCAUUCCCGUACAAAGACGGCGCGUCGCCAGUGUACGAUCCAGCCAAGGCCGUCGUUGUCUAUCCGUCCAACGACGCGUUUGUGCUGGACGAGCUCGAGGACCUCGAUCAGCUCGAGACACUCAUCUUCAUCGACUGUCCGUGGCAGAAAGGCCCGGCAAUCUUGAACGACAAGAGCCUCUCGCACCUCCGCACCGUCAAGCUCGCCAAGCCACCGCUUCACAGCAAGUUCUGGCGCUACCACUCGAGCGGCGAUGGCUGUGUCUCGACGAUCGAAGCUGUCUACUUGAUGCUCGAAGAGUACACGGCGGCAAUGCACGCACGCAACUUGGCGCUGACGUCCACCGACGACGUCUCGGAGAUCUUGUACUACUUCAACCUCGUGCACGACACGAUCCUCGAGACGCACAAGUCGGACCCGAACCGCCAGCUCGACCGAGCGCCGAUGAGCGAAGCCGAGAAGGAGCGCCAGCGUCUCCUCCGCUCCCAGAAGGAGCAAGGUCAGAAGCGCAAGCGGGAGAACCGAGAGGCCCACAAGCGCAAGGUCGCUGAAGACGUUGCGGCCGGCGUCCUGCCGACUUGGCCGGCAAAGAAGUGCUACAACUGCGACACGCGCGGCCACGAAGCCAAGGCGUGCCCCGAGGUCUGCCGCUACUGCAAGGUCGAGGUCCACUUCCACGCGACGUGUCCGAUGAAGGGCGUGCGUCCAGCGGAAUCCGCAGUCAAGUACACAAAGGCGCUUUAA